UGUUGGGCGAUAAUUGUAAAUAUGGCGGCCACGUUUGAAGGGGUGAUUUUAUCGAGCCUGUCUGAUACCGGUGAAAUCAUACACAAGUUUCCCAUUCCUUUGCUGCUGACAGUUGCCGACGAGUCGGAUAAUUUAAUAGUAAAGUUCAAAAAACCUGAUAACCAUGGGCCAGAUGGCGUGCACGAGGUCCAGAUUUUCAAGGACACAGAUACUGCUAGGAUUGGGAAGCAGUCCUACAUCAUUACACAUUCAAAGGGAACUGUGCUGGCGCAGUUCUUGAAUGCAAAUGAUGCACAUAGGUUUCACAGAGUCAUCGACAGCUUCAAGUCCGGUCUCAACAACUCAAUAUUUUCUCAGAGGACGGAUGAAGCCUCGGCCACCCAGUAUUUCCAAUUUUACGGAUACUUAUCCCAGCAGCAAAACAUGAUGCAGGAUUACAUCCGAACAUCGACGUACCAAAGGGCAAUUCUCGUCAACACGGAUGAUUUUAAGGAUAAAGUUGUGUUAGAUGUGGGAGCUGGGUCUGGCAUCCUAUCUUUCUUUGCUGCACAAGCGGGGGCCCGAAAGGUGUAUGCAGUCGAAGCCAGCUCAAUGGCUAAGCACGCAGAGAGCCUGGUGUAUAACAACAAGGCAUCCGACCGUGUGGUGGUUAUUCCUGGAAAGAUUGAGGAAGUCAGCCUUCCAGAAUUUGUGGACAUCAUAAUCUCGGAACCCAUGGGUUACAUGCUGUUUAAUGAACGCAUGCUCGAGACUUACCUUCAUGCUAAGAAGUGGCUCAAGCCAGAUGGCAAGAUGUUUCCAACACGUGGGGACCUGCACAUUGCACCAUUUACAGACACGUGUCUUUACAUGGAGCAGCUCAACAAAGCAAACUUCUGGUAUCAGCAGUCGUUUCAUGGGGUGGACCUCUCCAGCCUCAGGGAUGCAGCAGUGAAGGAAUACUUCAGGCAGCCCAUUGUGGAUACGUUUGACGUGCGCAUCUGCAUGGCCAAAUCCCUCCGUUACACGGUUGACUUCCAGACAGCCCUGGAGACAGACUUGCAUUGCAUCGAGAUUCCUCUUGAGUUUUCUCUCCUCCAAUCGGGAGAGGUGCACGGUCUGGCAUUCUGGUUCGACGUUGCAUUCAUUGGAUCUACGCAGACUGUGUGGUUGUCGACAUCCCCAACGCAGCCCUUGACUCAUUGGUACCAGGUGCGCUGUCUCCUGGAGACCCCACUCUUUGUUCAGAAAGGACAGUUGCUCAACGGCAAGGUUAUGCUCAUCUCGAACCGCAGGCAAAGCUACGAUGUGGAACUGGAACUCCAAGUGGAAGGUGGUGCACGUGCAACAAAUACUCUGGAUUUGAAGAACCCCUUUUUCCGGUACACUGGUCAACCCCCUCAACCUCCACCAGGUUGCAACGAGACAUCUCCCAGUGAAGCCUACUGGGCAACGCUGGACGCAAAUGGCUACUACAUGUACCAACAACAGGUCACUGCCGAAGAAAUGGACUAUGGGGCCUAUUCUUUAAGCAGUAGCCCUUCCCUUUUGACAGUAACAGAUGGCUGUUCGGAAAGUGCAGGAAACCUAAUGAUGAACGGCCUCAUGAACGGAGCCGGGGUCAUGGAAAUGCACACAGCAUGCCCCAGUGCAGUGCCAUCACAGCCAUCGCAUCAGCAGCCCCUAGGUAUUCAUCUCUCAAACAUGGUCUCCCUAGGAUCUCUUCCAAGCCCAGGUACCAUAAACUCGACAAAGACAGUCAACUCAAGGGCUCAGGCCGUUCCCACAAGCUCAAUUGGUGGAGGCAUCUCGCCUGCCUUAUUCAAUCAGCAACAGGUUCUUCUUAACAACACGUCCCACUUUCCUGUAAAUAGCAGCCUCAUGAUCGGAGAUUACGUCACGCCUGGAAACAUCCUUCUGCCAACAACAGGCUUGAGCAGUUCUUAUAAAAACUGAAUACUCUUCCAGACAAUCGCCCUGUAAUCCUUGCCACACCAUAAAGGGAGGAAAAAAAUUUUUUGGCAGAAUAUAUUUAUUUGGGGUUACUCCCUUUUGGGAGGAUUGUAAAUACCUCUGGUAUUGUUUGGCUGGUUGUGCUUUCUGUUCAGAAAGAUUUGUUCAUUAUAUUGCGAUUUUACCGAAUAAGUGUGAUUAUCGCUGCUGUUAUGCUACAAAACUCGACUGGUUAAUAUUGACUCUUUAUGUAAGAUUUGUGUACUGAUUCUUUGAGCAAAAUCUGCUUGUUUUUUUUACUGUUGUAUAGAUUUUUCUGUUGUGACUUUUAAUUGUACAAAGGUGUCGACUGUUUUGUACGAUAGCAUAAAAAAAAUAGUUUGCUCAAUUUGUUUUCUUCAGCAUCAGACAAUAACUGGGCAGAUUUUGUAACUGUCUCUGUUCUAAGGAGACUCAUCCUUGUAUCUAAGACCUCAAUACCGUGGAAAAUGUGUCAUUUCUCUUAGGAAGUGGUGUGUGUGCUUUUCCUUGAAAUGCAAUAAGACUGCCUUUGUGCCUCUGUGAAGGCAUCUUGUACCAGGAAUAAACUGUGUCUCAUCUUCCAUAGGGA